CAGUUUGAGUAGGUGAUGACAUUCGUGAAUCGUGGAUUUUAGUACUAAAUCGGUUUCGGGAGCGUAGCAACAAUAGUAUUAUCUAUAUUAUCGAUAAUAAUUGUUAUUAUUAUACAUUAUAAUAUUAUACCUACGCGGUGCGGGUGCGCGAGAACGAGAACUACAUAGAAACGUUUUUCGGUAAAAGAGAAAUAUUCGAAUUUUUUCGUUGUUCGAAAAUCAAAUCAAAUAAUAUUGUCUUCGUUAUCGCGGAACGAUCGGCCACGAAUCUACGACGUCCGCGAGCCUCCUCUGCUGUGACGUCACCGUAGUGUCACCGUAGUAGUACUUAAUAGUAGUAGUAGUAGUAGUAGCAGUAGUAGUAAUUGUAUAUUUUUCUACUUGUAGUCGCUAGUUUCGUUUCGGCGUUCGUCGCGCGCGUGUAUCCUGUUCUAAAUAGUAUUAUCAUUAUUAUUGUCGUACCUAUCGUUAGUAUAAUUUCGUUAUAUUAUUAUUUUUAUAUACAAUAAUUGUUUGUAUUAUUAUGGUGUGUUGACCAUAAAAAUAUAAUUGUAUUAUAACAUACCGACGGCGAUAUCAUAUCUUACACCCGCGCUGUUAUCUCUUUGGAUUUAUGAAAAGUAGCAGCCGUUUGGUCGUCAAUAACAUUUUACCAAGUUUUUGAAAUUAAAAAUUAAAAUGGAGAAUCCUGAAGGAGAGAAAAUUGAAUCAACUGUUGUUUCAGAAGAGCCAUUGAUUAGUGCUUUAGAUAUUGGUCUUUUGGUGGUUAUUAUAACAGUUGGAUAUUUUUGGUACAUCAAAAGAGAUAAAAAGUCAAGUUCUUCAGAAAAAAAACCCUAUACUAUUCAGCCAUCUUCGUUGAGUUCUAUUGAGCAGACCUCCAAUAGUUCUUUUAUAAAAAAACUUAAAUCAACCGGUCGUAGUUUAGUAGUGUUCUAUGGAAGUCAAACAGGGACUGCAGAAGAAUUUGCUGGAAGAAUAGCCAAAGAAGGGGCCAGAUAUAAAAUGAAAGGAAUGGUAGCCGAUCCUGAAGAAUGUGAUAUGGCAGACUUGGUAGAAAUGAAAGAAAUACAAAAGUCAUUGGCAAUUUUUUGUAUAGCAACAUAUGGUGAGGGAGACCCGACUGAUAAUGCUAUGGAUUUCUACGAAUGGCUUCAAAAUGGUGACGCCGACCUAGAAGGAUUGAAUUAUGCAGUAUUUGGAUUGGGAAAUAAGACUUACGAGCAUUAUAACGAAAUUGCUAUUUACAUUGAUCAACGUUUGGAAGAAUUGGGUGCUACUAGAGUUCAUGAAAUUGGUCUAGGAGAUGAUGAUGCCAAUAUUGAAGAUGAUUUUGUUUCUUGGAAAGAAAAAUUAUGGGAUAGUGUUUGCUCCCAUUAUGGUAUUGAAGAAACUGGCGAAGAAAGUAAUAUUAGACAAUACAAAUUAGUAGACUGUUCCGAAGUUUUACCAGAGCGAAUAUUUUCGGGUGAAAUAUCACGACUUAAAUCUUAUGAAAACCAAAGAUUCCCAUUUGAUGUUAAGAACCCAUAUUUAUCUAAAAUAUCAGUUAAUCGUGAGCUCCACAAGUCAGGUGAUCGCUCUUGUAUGCAUAUUGAGUUUGAUAUUGAUGGAUCAAAGAUGAGGUAUGACACAGGAGAUCAUGUGGCUGUCUAUCCCAAAAAUUCUUCUGAAUUAGUAGAGAAAAUUGGAGAAUUGUUAAAUGCAGAUCUAGACACUGUAUUUUCAUUGUUGAACACUGAUGAGGAAUCCAGUAAAAAACAUCCAUUCCCUUGUCCUUGUACUUAUCGAACAGCUUUAACUUAUUAUUUGGAUAUAACUUCAAAUCCACGCACACAUAUUAUGAAAGAAUUAAUAGAAUAUGCAAGUGAUCCAAAGGAUCAAGAAAAAUUAAAGCUUAUGGCAAGCUCAACCCCAGAGGGCAAAAAAGAAUUUCACGAAUGGAUAUUGCGUGACAACCGUAAUAUUGUUCAUAUUUUGGAAGAUUUACCGAGUGUCAAACCAGAUUUGGACCAUUUAUGUGAACUACUCCCACGAUUGCAGUGUCGUUAUUAUUCAAUAUCCUCGUCACCAAAAGUGUACCCAAAAUCUAUUCAUAUUACAGCAGUUCUAGUAGAAUACACUACUCCUACUAAUCGAGUCAAUAAAGGUGUUGCAACUAACUUAUUAGCCCAACUGAAACCAACCAAUGACGAACUUCUACAACCUACUAUACCUAUUUAUAUUAGACGAUCUCAAUUCAGAUUGCCCCCUAAGAGUCAAACUCCAAUUAUAAUGAUUGGUCCCGGUACAGGAUUAGCACCAUUCCGAGGUUUUAUACAAGAAAGAGAUUAUGCACGUAAAGAAGGUAGAGAAAUAGGAGAAAUGGUUCUGUACUUUGGAUGUCGAAAAAAGGAUGAAGACUUCAUUUAUGAAAAUGAGUUACAAGAAUAUGUUGCUAAUGGAACCUUAACAAAGCUACAUUUGGCAUUUUCGCGUGAUCAACCUGAAAAGCAGUAUGUGACACAUUUGUUAGAACAAAAUGCUGAUGAACUGUGGAAUAUUAUUGGUGAAAAAAAUGGUCAUUUAUAUGUUUGUGGUGAUGCAAGGAGCAUGGCAAAGGAUGUGCAUAGUAUUAUUGAAAAAGUUGUCAUGGAAAAGGGUCAAAUGACCAAUAGUCAGGCACUCAAUUAUGUUAAAAAAAUGGAACAACAGAAAAGAUAUUCUGCUGAUGUGUGGAGCUGAUUUGUGGCACUGUUACAAACUUUGUUUUUUAUAAAUGUACAAUGUUGAAUAAUUUUUUUUAAGAAACAUUUAAAGAAUAAUACAUUCAAAAAAAAAUAGUAACAACACAAAAGGAAGAGAUGUUGGCUUCUUAUCUAUUUUAGUUAUUAAUUAAUUUAUAUUGUUGUGAAAAAUGUAUAAAAAAAAUAUUACAAUAUUUCCGUUAUAAAUCAAUUUUAAAUUAUAUAUGAAAUGUUUUACUAUUGGAAAUUUUAUAACUUCUAUUAAAACUAUUAGAUAUAUUAUUAAAAUAUUUUUUUUAAAUCAACAAA